CACCGGCAUAUGGAUGGCUGGGGCUCCAGUACUUACAAACUGGUCAAUAGUGACAAUCAACCCGUUUAUAACAAGUUCUUUUGGAGGACCAAUCAGGGGGUUAAGAAUCUGGACGUCGACACCGCCAACAGGCUCGUCGUGACUGAUCCGGAUUAUUCAGUGCAUGACUUGUUUGACGCGAUCGCUCGCAAGGACUACCCCUCUUGGACUCUAUACAUACAAGUGAUGACAUACGAAGAGGCGGCCAAAUGGGAGUUCAAUCCCUUUGAUAUCACUAAAAUAUGGCCAGAGGACGAGUACCCCCUCAUAGAAGUGGGGCGAAUGACUUUAGACCGAAAUCACACCAAUUAUUUCGCCGAAAUAGAGCAGUUGUCGUUCUGUCCGGCCAGUAGAGUCCCGGGGGUUGAGUUCAGUCCCGAUAAGUUACUUCAGGGCAGACUAUUUGCAUACCAGGACACAGCCAGACAUCGAAUUGGCCCCAAUUUUCACUUGAUUCCAGUGAACCGUCCGAUCGCACCUCUAGUCUACCCGACCCAACGCGAUGGCCCAAUGAUGGUGGACAGCAAUCAGGGCAAUGCCCCCAACUAUUACCCGAACUCAUUCCUCAACGCAAAGGAUGACCCCAAACGGUUUGAUGAGUUCCGGUUCCAGAUCACCACCACUGAUGUGGACCGGUAUGAGUCAAAGGACGAGGACAACUACACCCAAGUGCGACAAUUCUACCUGUCCUUCACCAACGAUGAGCGCCAGAGACUCUACAGCAAUAUAGCGUCGGAGCUGUCGUUGACGUACACCAGUAUUCAGGAGAAGGCGUACGAUAUGUUCAGUCGAGUCCAUCCGUCUUAUGCCGAGGGCGUCAAGAGAGCCGUCCAAAGGGCCGCACAAAACACCGUUUAA